GCCUUUGCCGGCUCGGCUCCGCGCCGGCGGGUCCGGGCCAUGUGCAGCCGAACCUCCCCCCGCAGCCACCCCGCAGCCCGCAGGGAGCGCUGCCGGGCCGGGCCGGGCCGGGCGGAGCGCGGCGGCGAUGGGGCCGGGCUGCCGGCGGGCGGUGAGCAGCUAUUCCAGCCCGCAGGUGGUGGUGGUGCGGGACGGGCGCCUCGGCACCGCGUAUCGGGCACUGCAGCUCCUGGUGCUGCUCUACUUCAUCGGGUAUGUGUUCAUCGUGCAGAAGGGCUACCAGGAGCGAGAAACGGGCCCGGAGAGCUCCGUCAUCACCAAGGUCAAGGGCGUGACGCAGUCAUUGAGCAAGGUCUGGGAUGUCGGGGAGUACGUGGCCCCCCCCGAGGGUGGGAGCAGCUUCAGCAUCCUAACACGGGUGGAGGUGAGCGCUGCCCAGGCCAUGGGGACGUGCCACGAGGGUCCCAGCGCUGCAUGCCACUCAGAACAGGACUGUGUCUCCGGGGCCAUGGAUGCAUCCCACCACGGUGUGAGGACGGGGCGCUGCGUGCCCGGGGGCAGUGGGAGGAGCUGCGAGGUGCUGGCCUGGUGCCCGCUGCAUGGAGGCAGCAGCAGCGAGUCCCUGGCAGAGAUGGCAGCGCAGUUCACCAUCCUCAUCAAGAACCACGUCCGCUUCCCCCGCUUCGGCUUCUCCAAGGCCAACAUUCAGGCUGCCGAGAGCCACUACCUGAAGAGCUGCACCUUCAAUGCCACCUCCGCACUGUACUGCCCCAUCUUCAGGCUGGGCUUCCUGGCUGAGCAGGCGGGCGAGGACUUUGCAGUGCUGGCUGAGAAGGGUGGGGUGAUCGGUGUCAUCAUCAGCUGGGACUGCAACCUGGACCUGCCUGACACUGAGUGCAAUCCGCGCUACUCCUUCCGCCGCCUCGACCCCAAAGGGGCUUUGGCAUCCCCAGGCUACAACUACAGCCCUCACCCCUGUGCCUGCAUGCCCCCCAGGUUUGCCAAGUACUACAGCUGGAACGGGACCUGCACGCGGGUACUGACCAAGGCCUAUGGGAUCCGUGUGGAUGUGAUUGUGCAAGGCCAGGCAGGGAAGUUCAGCCUCAUCCCCACGGUCAUCACCUUGGCCACCGCGCUCACCUCGGUGGGACUGGGCUCCUUCCUCUGCGACUGGGUGCUGCUGUGCUGCAUGGACAAGGAGCGGCGGUACAGCAGCAGGAAAUUCGAGCAGGUACCGUUGGGCUGAGGAUGCUCCUCUGCAGCCCCAGACCAUCCCCCCUCCACCACCAAAUUGACAUUUCCCAUACCCAUGGCCGGGCAGAAUGCACCUUACAGCCACCCACUACUGCUGCCAAUAAACCAUCACUGCUCAGCA